GUCUGCUCGGUCGCCUUUACUUACCUUCCUUAGUCGUUGAUAGGUGUAUUUCUAUCUUCAUCCUAACAACUAGUUCUUUCCGUAGUACUGUCAAGGAGCUGUGUUUCAGUUUCAUCCUUGCCACUGCCUCUACCGGUUGCUCGACUCUCCUGUGUCGCUCGUGUUCGUGGCGUGGAAAUUGUGGAGAGCAGAGCCACCAUAUUAUGCUAUAUUCUACCAGCAGCGGUUAUACAGAAUCGUAGCUUUUCUUCACGAUUUCUUUUUUUAGUGUGAACAAUUAUAUUAAUUGAUCAGUGUUUACGUGAACAAAGGGUACGCGACCGUUUCCUUUUUACUUGGGAUUGGAAAAACAAACGAAACGCGUACGAAGACACGCAGAGUGUAGCAAGGAAGUGUCAGUUUCGUCCUUCUUGGAAUGGCUGCACAUUGUUCUUAUGUCUCUGUUCUGUAGUAACUGGCAAGCGGUUUUAGUCGUUUAAAGAAGAUAGGAUACUUUCACCUCUCUUCUGAUUUGCUUUUAUGUCUCAUCGGUUUCCAUUCGUUGCGCGAGGGGAUAUGACCUCUACGCGAGAUGUGGAGUGUUUUGCAAUUGAUCAGGUUGAAUUAGACGAAGGUCAUCAUUUAGAAUCGUCCAAGUUUUUAUUGCCUCCGGAAGAUCCAGAGAGAUCCGUGGACCCUGAAACACAGGCACGGUUAGAAGCCUUACUGGAAGCAGCUGGUAUUGGCAAGUUGUCGUCGUCAGGCGAUGGAAAGCACUUGGCUGACCACGAAGUGCUCCGUCGCUUAACAUCAAGUGUUUCUUGUGCAUUAGAUGAAGCAGCAGCUGCAUUAACUCGAAUGCGCAGCGAUAAUCCACGCACACAAAACGAAAAACGCUCUCUAGUAGAGGCUUGCACAGACGGAGACGUUGGUACUGUCAGGAAGUUAUUAACGGAAGGACGCAGUGUUCACGAGACUACGGAGGAGGGAGAGAGUUUGCUCUCUCUCGCCUGCUCAGCUGGUUACUACGAACUUGCUCAGGUACUAUUGGCAAUGAAUGCAAACGUAGAGGACCGUGGUAUAAAGGGGGACUGUACCCCUUUAAUGGAAGCUGCCAGUGCUGGGCAUGUGGAUGUUGUAAGCUUGCUUAUUGCUCAUGGAGCCGAUGUUAAUUCUCAAUCUACUUCAGGUAAUACUGCCCUUAUGUAUGGUUGCGCGGGUGGUCACGAAGAGGUAGUACGAGUAUUGUUAGAAGCGGGUGCCAAUGUAGAGGAUCACAAUGAGAAUGGUCAUACACCGUUAAUGGAAGCAGCCAGUGCUGGCCAUGUUCCAGUAGCUAAGAUCUUACUACACCAUGGCGCUGGAAUUAAUACUCAUUCCAAUGAAUUUAAAGAAUCUGCGUUAACACUGGCCUGUUAUAAAGGACAUUUAGAGAUGGUUCGCUUUUUGUUAAAAGCUGGUGCAGACCAGGAGCACAAAACCGAUGAAAUGCACACUGCCCUUAUGGAAGCAUCGAUGGAUGGUCACGUAGAAGUAGCUCGACUACUUUUGGAUUCGGGCGCGCAAGUGAAUAUGCCAACAGACAGUUUUGAAUCACCGUUAACAUUGGCUGCUUGUGGAGGUCACGUUGAUCUUGCAAUGCUUUUGAUUGAGAGAGGAGCAAAUAUUGAGGAAGUAAACGACGAAGGUUAUACUCCGUUGAUGGAAGCAGCGCGUGAAGGUCAUGAGGAAAUGGUUGCUUUGCUUCUAAGUCAAGGAGCGAAUAUCAAUGCUCAAACGGAAGAAACUCAAGAAACAGCACUUACUUUAGCUUGCUGUGGUGGUUUUUUAGAAGUCGCUGACUUUCUAAUUAAAGCCGAAGCUGACAUCGAAUUAGGUGCUUCUACUCCUCUGAUGGAAGCUGCGCAAGAGGGUCAUUUGGAACUUGUUCGUUAUUUACUUGAAUCCGCGGCAGAUGUUCAUGCUCAGACUCAAACAGGAGAUACAGCCUUAACAUAUGCGUGUGAAAACGGACAUACCGAUGUUGCGGAUCUCUUACUUCAGUUUGGCGCUGAUUUAGAGCAUGAAUCCGAAGGUGGCAGAACGCCAUUGAUGAAGGCAUGCAGAGCUGGACAUCUCUGUACAGUCCAGUUUCUAACAUCGAAACGUGCGGAUGUUAAUAGACAAACGACAAACAACGAUCAUACUCCUCUCUCCUUAGCCUGUGCUGGUGGUCAUCUUGCGGUUGUUGAACUUUUACUUGCACAGUCUGCAAAUCCGUUUCAUAAACUAAAGGAUAAUUCUACGAUGUUGAUUGAAGCUGCGAAGGGUGGACAUACGAGUGUUGUACAACUUUUGUUAGAUUAUCCUCACAGUAUUAUGAUGAGCGCUCCGCAUAAUGCUGCACCUGCGCCAAUGUUACUUCCACAACAACAACAGCAACAACAACAAUCACAACAACAGCCGCAGCAACAACAGCAACAGCCGCAGCAGCACAUAGCACAUCAACAACGCAUGCCUCAUCAACAACAAGCAUCCACGACGCAGUCGCAACAUCAACAGCAACAACAACAUAAUGCAGAGCAAUCGCAAGCGCAAAAUAUCCAACCUAAACAUAAUACACAGAAGUCAUUGUUAAGAAAAAAUCGAUCAGUAACCAUGAUGCCUGAUAUGAGCCUUACUUCGGCCGAGGCGCAACAAGUUCGUUCUCAACCCGCAGGUGAAGCGAUCGUAGCAACUAAAGACGAUACUAACAUUUUGGACAAAGGCAGUGGAGGAUUUACCAACCUUUCAGAACCUAAUAUUAGCCUUAGUCCAGCUCCAGCACCGACCCCGGGUUUGAAUGGUUCCGAGAGUCGAAAAAAUACUCGACAAGAACAAAUCCUACAUAAACGGCAAAUACUUGAAGAAUUACAGAGGGUAGAAAGGGAACUUCAAAUUAAGGGUCCAGCCCAUUGGUUCUCCGGUUCAGGAAAUUCUGUUCCAACUCAACAACAGUCUCAGUCGGAAGAACCCAGUGAAUCUGAUAUGUUGUCACCAGGUACCAGUCUGGAAAUUUCGCAGUAUUAUGAAUCUUUUCUCGAAGGAACAAAACUUGGACAAGAAAUGGCACGUAGAAAAUUAGGUCGCGAGAUUUUUCCUACAACAAAUGCACUCUCUCUUGCAACGAUACCGGUUACGUCGACCGUUCCAUUGGUUACCUCUAACACAUCUUCUACGACUACGCCGAGCCCUCCAAGUAUAUCUACACCACCUACCGUCAUGACAGUUUCUCAACCAAUCACUGCAAGUAGCGACGUCAGCCAAAACACCGCCAUAAGCGAUCGCCCUAAAGCGAAGCCCGUCUCGAAAAAGGAAGGUAAAAACAUCCGCAAAGCUACGUCUAGUGUAGUAGGUGGAAAAUUACAACAACAACAACAGCAGCAGCAGCAGCAACAACAACAACAACAACAGCAGCAGCAGCAGCAGCAACAACAACAACAGCAGCAGCAGCAGCAACAACAACAACAGGCUACUUUAAUGGCUGGACUUCAACAGCAAUACCAACAGAAACAACGGCAACACACCUACCAAGUGCAACAGGUGCAUCAACUGCAACAACUUAAUCAGCAGCUUCAAUUACAGCUUGAUCAAGUACAGGUACAACAGCAACAGCAGCAACAACAGCAGCAGCCACCACCUCAGCAGGCACAAAUUCAACAACAAGCUUUACAGUCGCAUCAACAACAUUCGCAGUCUCAACAGGAAUCUGGUCCAGUGACUACUAAUGGAAACAACAUACUCAUGCCUACUCAAUUAAUGUCGCAUCUUCAUUCUGCGUAUACGCAUCAUCUUCACGAUCAGCAAUCAACUCAACAGAAUCUUACGGAGCAAGCGGAUCCCGAAUUAGCAAGACUGCAUCGUGAUGGCGCUUGUCCGUUUGUGGCUGCUGCUCAAAAAGCAAAAGCACUUUGUACCAGCGAAAGCGUUAUAAAAUUGGAAGACGGCACGCAUAUUCCCCUAGACGACGCUUUUGAAAUUUUUCGCUCUAUCAGUUUCGAUGACACGGUUGACGUAGCGACGGAAGAUAAAGAGAAGCUUGAAUUGAAAAGGUUAGAAGUUUCAAAUAGUAAAGAUCCGCAACAACAGCAGCAACUACAGCAGCAGCAACAACAACAACAACAACAGCAGCAGCAACAACAGUCCGCGCAGCAACAACAAUUGCAAAGUGCACAAAUAGUUCAGCAAACGAGCAGUCCUUAUGCGUCUCAAGAAUACUUCACGAAUCCUGUGUUAUCGGUACCUUCUGUUUCAUUACCGACCUUGCCUUCGCUUCAAGUCACCAGUGCUGGUGUUCAAAUACAAACAGACAUAUCAGCCGAUCUACAAUUAACCAGUACGCAGUCUUUACAAAAUAAACCGUUUAAAGAGUUGAAAGAUUUGAAUUAUUUGAAACACUUUCAAGAUGGGUAUCUCGAUGCUUUACGAUGCCAUUUCCAACCGCAAUUACCACUCCAAUCGUCGCAAAUAACAGUUCCCAUGCAAGCUCUACCAAAUGUAACCGAAGCGAGUGGAGUAAUAGAUAGCAUUCCUCAUCAAACGAACGGUUACACACAAUCGACAGCUUGUAACACCAAUCAAGUUCAAGUGGCUACUCAAACGCAAGCACCGGUCACGACAACGGCUGCCACCAUCGUUGCUUCGGACAAAAAACAAGUUUAUACUGCGCCAGCGACCGGUAAAGGAAAAAAGGGAAGAUAUCCGCUUUUACCUCAACAACAAUCAUGCCAACAACAACAAACUGCCAAUACCCAACAACAGACUCCCAAUUUUCCCAGUCAAAAUUACCAAUUAGAUCCGACGACAGUUGCCGGUCAGUACACAACGGGCGUACCAACGGUUGGAGGAUACACAACUAAUCAAGUACCACCCGCUCCGUUUUCUUGUAUGGACGUGGACUCUGAAACAGACAGUAAUCACGAUACUGCUUUGACUUUGGCAUGCGCUGGUGGCCAUGUAGAGCUUGCCGAACUUUUGUUGAGUCGUGGUGCAGAUAUAGAACAUAGAGACAAAAAGGGAUUCACUCCGCUUAUAUUGGCUGCAACAGCUGGACAUCAUAAAGUUGUAGAGAUCCUUUUAAAUCACGGGGCUGAUAUAGAAGCUCAGUCUGAACGCACCAAGGAUACACCUUUAUCUCUGGCUUGUAGCGGUGGUAGAUACGAAGUGGUAGAGCUUUUACUUAAUCGAGCUGCCAAUAAAGAACAUCGUAAUGUUUCUGAUUACACACCUUUAAGCCUGGCAGCAUCCGGCGGUUAUGUUAACAUAAUAAAGCUUCUCCUCAGUCAUGGUGCUGAAAUUAAUUCCAGAACUGGUUCAAAAUUGGGUAUAUCCCCGCUCAUGCUUGCCGCUAUGAACGGUCACGUUGCGGCGGUGAAGCUGUUGCUCGACAUGGGCAGCGAUAUAAACGCCCAGAUCGAGACAAAUCGUAAUACAGCGCUAACAUUGGCGUGUUUUCAAGGAAGACACGAGGUAGUCAGUCUUCUUCUCGAUCGUAAAGCCAACGUCGAACAUCGUGCUAAGACUGGUUUAACACCGUUAAUGGAAGCUGCGAGUGGUGGUUACGUAGAAGUCGGUCGUGUUUUACUUACCAAAGGAGCAGAUGUGAACGCCACCCCCGUUCCGUCGUCUCGUGACACUGCUCUUACCAUCGCCGCCGAUAAAGGACACUGCCGUUUCGUAGAAUUACUAUUAUCAAGAGGGACACAAGUAGAGGUAAAAAAUAAAAAGGGAAACAGCCCAUUGUGGUUAGCAGCAAACGGUGGACACUUGAACGUCGUCGAUCUGUUAUACCAUGCUGGCGCAGACAUCGAUUCGCAAGAUAAUCGUAAGGUGUCCUGUUUAAUGGCAGCGUUUCGCAAGGGACAUAUUAAAGUUGUGAAAUGGAUGGUGAAUCACGUUACACAGUUCCCAAGCGACCAAGAAAUGACUAGGUACAUAGCCACUGUAAGCGACAAAGAACUUCUCGAAAAGUGUCAGGAAUGUGUUAAAGUAAUUCGAGCAGCGAAAGAAACUCAAGCGGCCAAAGCGAAUAAAAACGCGAGCAUACUAUUGGAAGAAUUGGAUAUGGAGAAAACACGGGAAGAAUCGAAGAAAGCGGCGGCUGCUCGCAGACGAGAACGGAAGAAAAAAAAGAAACUCGAGAAAAAGGAAGAGAAGAGAAAAUUACACGAGGAAUAUAAAAAGAAUGAAAGCACGUACGAAGACAAGGAGGAAAGCGGAAAAAAGUCUGGGGACGAAGAAUGUGAUCGAGCCGACGACAGUGAACACGAAACUGGCGACGGAUCCGAAAGAAUGGACAGUAUGCCGUCACCGGUUAAUAGAAGUCCAGAAGAUCCCGACAGAGAAGAAGGUGAUAGUGGAAUCGAUGCAAACAGCCAAGGUAGUUGUAGCAGUAACGAUGUCAAAGCUAGGGAGAAGAAAAAGGAGAAGAAGAAAAAGAAGACCAACAGCCCUGCCAACAACGAAAAGGAUACAUCUCCCCAGAGAUCGCCGAAAACUGUGAUCGCUCAGAGUAACGCGUUGACCCAAAAUUCCAUCACACCAACCAAGUCUCAAAAUAACAAUACCACUGAGAAAAGGAUCAUGACUAACGCCACCAACGGAGCAUCUGUGUCCACUAUAUCUGUUACGACGAGUGCCAGAUCCUCGACCAUUACUUGCAACGAACGUAAAUUAAAAGGUCAAUUGGUAUUCGAGUCAUCCAGGCACCCCGCUGAUAGGGAAGAUUUCGAAGCAACCGGCAACGAGACAUAUAUACCUGGUAAAGGGAAAAAGUCUUACAGCAAUCAAUACGACGGUGACUCGUUGAACACAACCACGAAAACCAACACUUCCACAAGUCCGAAACAAGGAGGCAAGCGCGAGGAAGGAUGGAAAGAAGUCGUUCGAAAGGGACAAUCCGAUGAUUCGGGAAGGUUCAUGAAUUCUCCGUUCCGUUCGAAGAAGGUUUCUGUUCCACCGAAUGCGAUCAGCCGAGUAAUAGGAAGAGGCGGCAGCAACAUCAAUGCAAUCAGAGGCGCUACGGGAGCACAUAUUGAAGUAGAUAAACAAAGUAAAUGCCAGGGUGAACGAAUCAUUACUAUCAAGGGAUCAUCGGAUGCAACGAAGCAAGCUCAUGCACUAAUAGCAGCGUUGAUCAAAGAUCCUGACGUUGAUAUAUUGCAAAUGCUUCCAAAAUCGAAACUUGUCGUUGUCACGACAUCUUCUUGGGAUAAAACUGUUUCCACGAUAGCCUCCAGUAAACCAAAAUUGGGCCCAGUAAGUAAACCGCUCAGUCUAACGUCGAAUUCCAAUAAUACGCAAAUCAACAAAUCCAGUUAUACAUCGGGGGUUUCAACUGUGAAUCAGUUAAUUCCGAUUCGAUCGUCGUCCACCAUUAAACUUAGCGGAGCAUUUCCAACGCCAUUGCCGCGUGCAACGGCGCCCCGACUUGUUGCCGCAGCUGAGAAACGUGCUCAGGCUGUGGCUGCUCAAAUGGCUUCGUCGUCGAACACAAAGACGACAAUGUCGUAUACGAGCGCGAUCAUGACGGCCGGACGGGCAACAAAAAUUGUGACGACAAGCACCACGCAAACAUUUGCAGCAAAGUUAUCCGAAAUCACUGCCUCCACACAUACAUCCACCACCGUGAUGCAGUCCACUCAUACCGCGGUAAACAAGCAGAAAUCGUUGCAAGCUAAUGCCGUCACUGUAAUGUCAGCUACAGCUACAGCAAUGGCUCAAACAACGUCUCAGCAGCCUGUAGCCAGUACAUCUCCGAAACACUGCCGACCACUGCCUACUUUGUCUGCCCCGCCAACUAUGGUUACCCAUUACACCGGAAAAUCUACUUACUCUCCUGGUUCGAACGUCACGAUGUCACCGGCAACGAGUACAGUGGUUGCUUAUUGCCCAGAAAAUUCUAUCGCAACAACUUGUUCGAGUUCGGUUCGCGUUACUCCGUCUCCUCCUAUCGUAUCAUCGCAGAGUCAACAAUUGCAACAGCAGCAGCAGCAACAACAACAACAACAACAACAACCACAACCGCAGCAUCAAAUAAGGAGUUCAACACCGAUCACGUCUACGAUUCAAGAACAGCAGCAACAACAACAACAACAACAACAACAACAACAACAGCAGCAGCAGCAACAAGCGGCGAAUAACACGCCGCUCGAAUAUUCGUUGUUCAACGAUACGUUUACCAAAGUUACUCAACAAUCGAUGUGGGGUGGCCGAGAAAAUGAAUCGCAAAAGGGUAUGAAUUUCGCGACCGUAGCUGGUGGUGGUGUUUCAGUAAAUACAUCCGGUUCGUCGUCGUCGAAAUUUAUAGACAGCGUCCCCCCACAGGUGGAUGCCUCGAAAGCUCCUGGAUAUCGCGGGACAGCCAUGUGUUCCCCUGUGUCGAGCAAAUCUAAUAGCGCGGGCAAUACGAGUGCAACCAGCAUAGGAAGCGGCACGUCGUCCAACACAGGACACAGUCCUAUUCAGCCGCCUCAAUUCCAACCGACAAGCGGGAAUUACAACGAUCAUUCGCUUUCGAACAAACCGCCUGGUAAUUUGGCAGUUGCGCGACCAGUGAUCCCUCAACAAGCCAUAGAGAUGGGCGCAGCGAUGGGAGCUCAGUUCAGCAGGCCGGUAUUUCAAGGUGAAUUGACAUCGCGAAACACUACGACGCACCAACCGCACAUUCUACCUUCAACGUCUCAACCAACAUUAGACGUAGGAUUGUUUAAAGCCAAUAACGUCGGUUACGAGCACCCGAAUGUGAAUUCGAAUCUGCUGAAAAUGGUGCCGAACGAAGGUCAGCAAAAUCACCCUCUUCUACCGUUUCACCCUCACAUGCAGAAUUUCACGCAAACGAUAGCAGCUCCAUCCGCUUCUGUAAAUACUACCGUCAGUAUGUCAAGAUUAAAUCCCAGAGCACCCGACUUUUCGAGUUCUUUGCAUUUGAACAAUAAACCUCAAGUGACGAUGUUUAAUCCGGGAUCGGCGGCUGCGGCGGCAGCCGCGGCUGCAGCAGCGGCGGGAAUCCACGCAAACAUGUUUGCCCCUGUACCACCACCUCCGCCAUCUGCGAUCCAGUCGAAUAAUUUGGCAAUGCUCGGAAACUUUCCCCUGGGAAAGUAUCAGGGGCCAUCGCGAGCUACUCCAAACUCCAGCAUCUCCAGUAACGGUCAAACGCGUUGGCCAUUCGCUCCACCGCACAAUAAUUACCCGACGCAUCAAGACCCGAUGAUCGGACAGAUCGGUUUUUCAAAUCAUUUGACCAACAUGAGUGCCGCACAACCUGGAAACAUCGACCUGAUCACUACGUUGGAGAAUGGUGGUUCACCAGCGAUAUCGCCUUCUUCACCGGCACAAGUGGCCCAAGAGAUGAGUCAGCUGAAAAUCGAAGAUCGCAAGGUGCCUCGACCGAUCGGCACCGAAAGAGCUUGGAAGAAUUACACAACAUCCGGCAUGGGACCUGGCGGUGAUGCCGAUUCGAUCAACUGGAUGCUCAACAAUGAGAAACUUGUUGGAUCUUGGGCCGGUUUAGCUCCUGGGAUAGACAGGCAUCAAAUGUUUCGGUCCAAUGCCACCUACAACCGUAUAUCCAACGUCGACGCCGAACUCCACCAAAUGAUGGAAUCUUCGUUUCAGGGCCACGUAGAUGCUCAACAACAACCGUUCCCUAACGGAAGCGCGGCAGCGCUAUCCCUAAUGCCAGCAUUAACGCUAUUACCAGGUCAAUUCGGAGCACCAGCUUUAACAGAAAUACCUCCAAAUGAACCUAAUAAAAUAGAUCCACCAGCCUGGGGAAUACCGGAUGCCGUUCAAGAUAAACAACAUCCGACAUGGAAUAAAUGGACCCAUUAAGGGAGUAUAGGAAUUUCGCUUUCUGACCUGCAAAACGUGAAACAGAACUUGCAAGUCAAAGUAGUACAUAAAUGGAAGUGAAAUACGAAGCGUUGUUUCCAGGUACUUGAAAUGCAUCGUUAAUUCUAAUUAUAUCCAUCUAACAGAAUUUCAAGAUUAUUUGUCAUGCUACUAGGUAAUAAGGCGGUAAAUCCUUCUUUCAACUUAUCGUAUUGUCCAACUCGAUUAUUCGAUACAAAUCAUUUCCAAACAUGGUAUCGAAAGAACUCUAUUACAAGAUUUGUGAAAUCAAAACAAUACAAAGAAGUUUUGUUAUUGACUGCAAUAUAUCUUCGAUCUUUUUCUACGGUUGCUUUACGUACAUGCAUGCAGAUAUACAACAUGAAUACAUACAUACUUAAAGACGUAUACACACAGAUACACAAACACACACACACGCACGCACGCACACAGUUACGUACGUACGUACACUUGCGCGUAUACAUUAUGAAAUUCUAUUAUGAUCAUUGUCAUAGAUGAUAAUCGCUUCUGUAUAUUCAUGGUAACGUAUGAUCACAGUUUCUUGUUUUAUUGAAAUAUUUCAUUGCGUUCAUUACACCCAGUUUAUUUACUCUACCGACAAUCAAUGAAAUGACGAUAACGACGGUAACAAUGACAACGACGAUAAUUGCAUAAUGAUAAUGAUAAUAAUAAUAAUAAUAAUCGUGAUAAUACCAAGGAGAAGAAUAAUAAGAUCUCAAUGAAAAGUAUUGGUUUUACGUUUAGCAAAAAGAAACAUUCUCUGUGUUUCGCUGAUAAACAGGUUUAGUCGGGUCAUCCGAAGAUGACCGUCGACGCAAUCUCUCCAACGAAUCUAUAGUGUUGCGAAUAAUUUAUAAAACAUUUAUCAAAUGUUCACACGCGUACGUACAUAUAAAACAGAUGCUUCUACAGACACGUCUACAUAACACCCGCAUGGUACGAUCAGAGAUCGCUGAUUUUUGCCUUCGGUAUUCAUUUUGCUUCUGGUUAGUUUCGUAUUGUGUUUUGCAAACAUGCCAGACAUAUCGUUCGGCCGAUCUGGUUUAUCUAUCGUUGUAAGCGAGAUCCUGAAUCAAAGAAACGCGAAUAAUGUGGUGCUGGUUGAGAAGCGUAACGUAACAAGUCCGCAAUGUCAUACUAGAUUCUACUCGAUCUAAAGUCUACUCGGAUGAAACAGUGCAACUAGCAACACCUUGACAUCGUUGACGUAUAUGAAUCAAUUUUGAAUCUUGAAUCUUGAAUCUUGAAUCUUGAAUCUUGAAUCUUGAAUCUUGAAUCUUGAACGAUGAAAGUGUCGAAACGGAAAUGAAAAAGAUUGGAAGACACGCUGUCACGAAUUAAUACGCGCUGUACUAAUAAUACAUUAAACAUUAUGUAUACCGAAUCCUAUUCGAAUCAAUGAAUAUUGUUCAUUGUUAAACAGGUAGUGGGCCGCCGACACGUAAAUAUAACUCCGUGCGACCCUAGAAACAGUGCUAUUAUAAUACUAUUAUUGCUGUGGUGGUAAUAAUGUUUAUUAUUAUAUUAUGGUUAUUAUUACACAAGACAUAAUUAUAGGAAAUGAAAGGUAAAAGUAAAUAGAAAAUGUCACCUGCUGUUCGGCUGGACUAGUAUGAUAUAUUAAAUAUUCUAGAUAAACACUCGAUAUACAUACAUAAGAAAUGUUCAUUUCUCGAUUGAACAUUUGAAAAUCUUUCUUGGUGGGGAUUUCGACAAGUGUUCAAUACAUAGCGACGAUACUAUAAUUGAAACGGUCCCCUACGCGUAAGUUUCGAUGAAGCUCGUGAAAAUUAUAUGAGAGCUUUUGAUCUAUUAUUCCAGGGAACGCUUCAAUUAUUCUCUAAGAUACAUUGUUAUAAUUUAAAGCCUAUUUUCAAAUUUGAUUUAUGAUAAUUGCGAUAUACAACACAAAACUAUUAUAUGACAUACAACAAUAAAGCAAAUAAAUGAAUAAAUAAAUAAAUAAAUACA